UGUGUGUGUGUGUGGGUGUGUACGUGUAGGUAUAACUCUCUAGAUGGAAUUGAUGUGGAUUGUUUGCUGGUGCUCAUCAACAAGUCGUUUGAGAAAACUCUGAAGAAAUGCUACAUUGACUCUCUGAAAGGCCGACUCCACUCCAUCUACCUUUCUGAAGGGUACAGCGCAGCAGCUAUCAUCACCAUGGAGCCGGUGAACGGCGGCACUCCCUACCUCGACAAGUUUGUGGUGAGCAGCAGUAAGCAGGGCCAGGGCACCAGCCACAUCCUGUGGGAGUGUAUCAGACAGGACCUGGGUGAACUCUUCUGGAGGUCUAGAGCCACCAACAAAAUCAACCCCUGGUAUUUUAAGCAUUGUGAUGGCAGCUUUGUUAAUGGUAUGUGGACUGUGUUCUGGUUUGGCCUGACGGACAUCAGAGAUUCAUACGAGCUGGUGGAGUACGCCAAGAGCCUUCCUGAUUCAUUCCACAGUGCUCCCACCUCCUCCCAGCAGCCUCCUCCACCUGCUGCAGGAUCCUGACUCACCUGCUUCCCAGCAGUUCACUAUGUAGCUCAUCAACCUUGAAAAAUUGUGAACAUUAAAACUUUUAGGUCUAAGGGCCUGGAAUUUCAUUUUGUUCAACUCUGCACCAUCAAACACGGUGUUCUCAGUUUUUCUACACCUUGAAACCAGAACCUAAAGUUAUGUGAAGACUUUAUUAGUGCAGCUUUUCUCACUUACAGGGAAAUGUGUAUGUACGUGUAUCCAUUCAAAGCUGGGUCCACACCACACAUUGAGCAGCUCAUUGUUUCGCUUUCUCAUUUUGUGCUGCUCAUUGUAGUCCCCACCCAGUUCUGCAGUCACUGUCAGCUUGACCAUGUGAUGAUGAACUGAACGAACCAGGUUAUCAUCUGCUGUAAGUUCUGAUUAGAGUGGCUUUCCAGUUCACACCAGCUGCACUGCAAGAUGACCGGAAGAGGCAGCAAACUGGCCGGCUGAUAUGGGAAAUGUGAGACAGGAACAGCUGCAGCUCUUCCAAAGACAAGAGUGAGAGAAUCAUCCACUAGUAAAAUAAUCAUUUUUCUUGGACACAUAAAUAAAUAAAUAAAUUAAAAUGUGAAGUGAGUCACCAAAUACACUCGGGCAUCAGUUAACAUAGCAUGGUAGCCUGCUCAACUAAACUGUGUGGAAAACACCACAGUGUUUUAACAAAAUAUAAAGAAUCCUCUUUUUAAAAAGAAAUAUGGCCACAAUCUAAAUCAUUCUAGAGACAUGAAGCUCAGGUUUUCCACUUUACUAAGGCAUACGGACAUCUACACACAGGGGGCUACUUUACUUGAAACCAACCCCUGAUGUCCAGAGUGGACUCUGAAACACUGCCAGUGCUGUGUAGCUAACAAGUUCAGCACUUUUAAAAACUGCUGAUAUAUCUGACAGCACAGCAAUAAAGGCGGUGUUGAAGUUCAGACCAUUUGGCUCUCAUGCCAAAUGUAAUUUCUGGGGACCAACAUGAUUUUAUUAAUAAACACAUUCCUGUGAUCGAGUCAUCAAAUACAUAAAGAUGUCCAAAUGACUUUAGAGUACACAGUCAUAUGUAUGGGGACCACAUUUGGUGAUGAAUCUUAGUGCCCCAUGAAAAACACUAUCCAAUUAAUGA